GUGUGUGCAGCCUGUGAGAAAUCGAGUUGGAGAGAGAGAGCGAGAGAAGCAACGAGGGCUGGUGCACGCAUGACGGACGCUCCGUGAGCUCUGAGACGGCCAAUCAGAGCGCUCGGCUCGGCCAAGCUGCUGCAGCUGAGGAGUGAGAGAGGAUUCUCCCACACACAUGCACACACACGCAUCCAGAGCAGCACACGCUCGACAAGGGAGCGCAGACACGCGGUGACAAUGGUAGGUAUGGGACAUAAAGUCUGUUUGGAAACUUUACCACACGCACCCGAUGCACAUUUGUGGACUUAUAUCAUUAGGAGAUUCAACAUGGCCGCUGCUGUCGUCUUGCGUGUUUGUUGGAUCCGGGCUUGAACUCGCCUGCGUUCUUCCUCGAGUGCUCUUAGAGUGCAUGAUGUCAGUGCAUUUCUGCUGCCUUUCCGAGAUGAACGACUGAAAUAUGAACCUCAUUCAAGCUUUCUGGACCUCCGGUGCGGUGUCUGAUUAAAUCAAGUCCCUCAAACGACCAUCCGAGGGGGGGACCAAGGAGUAGACGUGGCUGCUGGUUGGUGGUGGUGGAGGACGAGGAGGUGGCGGAGGAGGGGGGUUUGGAAGCCAUCUUUAUCCUUUGGAAUAUACCAUUUGUGGAAUACAACUGUGUGUUUGGAAUAUCGCAGAACUUUGGGAGUUUCACUGUAGUUUUUGGAAUCCUUUUGGAAUAUUGGGAAUUUGGCUCCUGUUCGCAGUCAUGAAGGUGAACCCGAGCUCUUGUUUGUGUCCUGUACUUUUGUGCCUGUGUUUUCUGGAGAGGGGUUAUGAGGCAAGCCAUCACGGCCAAGCCAAAAUCAUUUCCAGGAGCCACAAUGCAACUCACAACCACAACCAGACUAAGGACGGGGAAACAGAGGUCCACCAUCGGCCCAAACGCGGAUGGAUAUGGAACCAGUUCUUUGUCUUAGAGGAACACAUUGGUCCAGAUGCACAAUAUGUAGGAAAGCUACAUUCUAAUUCAGACAAAGGCGAUGGUUCGGUCAGGUACAUCCUUAGCGGUGAAGGAGCAGGAAGUAUCUUCAUCAUCAACGAGGUAACGGGAGACAUCCACGCCACCAAAAGUCUGGACCGGGAAAAGAAAUCACAUUAUGUUCUUCACGCACAGGCCAUCAACCUCAACACCAACAAACCCCUGGAGCCAGAGUCAGAGUUCAUUAUAAAAGUUCAGGAUAUUAACGACAAUGCCCCCAAAUUCCCAGACGGACCCUUCGUCACAACUGUGCCUGAGAUGGCGGAAGUUGGUACAUCAGUUUUUCAAGUGACAGCGACCGACGCAGAUGACCCUACAUAUGGAAACAGUGCACGGGUGGUGUACAGCGUUCUGCACGGACAGCCAUACUUCUCCAUCGACCCCAAAACUGGAAUCAUCAGAACAGCGCUGGCAGACAUGGAUCGAGAGGCGAGAGAACAUUACUCAGUGGUGAUUCAAGCCAAAGACAUGGCGGGGCAGGUGGGAGGGCUGUCGGGCUCCACCACCGUCAACAUCACGCUAACCGACAUCAACGACAACCCACCCAAGUUCCCUCAGAAGAAUUACCAGGUGUUUGUCCCAGAGUCGGCACAGGUGGGGAAACCAGUGGGGAAGAUCAAAGCCAACGAUGAGGACAUCGGAAUCAAUGCUGAGAUCAAAUACAGCAUCCUGAACCCCGAGGGGGCCGGAAUGUUCUCCAUCUCCACAGACAAAGACACUAGAGAGGGUGUGAUCACGCUGAGAAAGUUUAUAUUAGGGCUAAUGUUCCUUUCUCUGGCAGUAAAAGGCAUAAAGUGUAAAAUCCUCAUUGUUAUUUCUCUCUCUCGUCUCAUGCAGUCAAGGACGGUGCACAUUUUCUUGUGGUAUUUUAUCGAGCAGAGAGAAGACAAAGAGGUGUAUUUCGAUAUCGAAUCCAUCAGCGGAGUCAUUAGAACCACUCAGCUGCUGGACCGUGAGGAUACGCCCUGGCACAACAUCACUGUCAUGGCAACAGAGGAAGACAAUCCCAGUCUUCAGAGCCACGUGCCUGUUACAGUGCAAGUCCUGGAUGUGAACGACAAUCCUCCGAUGAUCAACACAGAAGACGAGAUCAUCAUCUGUGAAAGCACCAGGGCAGGACAGGUCAUUCAGACAAUCGCGGCUGUGGAUAAAGAUGAUUUUGCCAAUGGAAAGGGAUUUUCCUUCUCUUUUCCUGGAGGAGUUCCUGCCAACCCUAACUUUACAAUAAAAGACAAUGAAGACAGCACUGCCAGCAUCAUCGCCAGACGGCGGCGGUUCCACAGACUGACCCAGGAACUGUACAAGCUCCCGCUGGUGGUGUGGGAUGACGGGGAACCCGUCCUGAGCAGCACCAGUACCCUGACACUCAGGGUGUGUUCCUGCCAGAGAGGCACCAGACUGAAGAUCUGUCAGGGUGAAGCGUUCCUCUCCUCCGCAGGGCUCAGCACUGGUGCUCUCAUUGCCAUACUGCUCUGUGUGCUGAUUUUACUGGCCAUUGUGAUUCUCUUCAUUACGUUGCGACGAAACAAAAAGGAGCCGUUGAUCAUCUCGGAGGAGGACAUUCGUGAGAACGUGGUGACGUACGAUGACGAAGGAGGCGGAGAGGAGGACACCGAGGCCUUCGACAUCAUCGCCCUCCGGAACCCAGCCGCCGCCGAGGAACUCAAGUUCCGCCGGGACGUCCGGCCCGAGUGCAUCCGGCCGUGGUCAUCACGAAGAGCGGCCCGCAGCCGUCUUAGCCCCUCGUCCCUGGACAUCGAUGAGGAAAUGGACAUCGGGGAGUUUAUCAAAGAGAGAGUGGCCGAGGCGGAUCAGGAUACUAGCGUACCGCCCUACGAUUCUUUACAGACCUAUGCCUACGAGGGUCAGGGGUCACCAGCAGGCUCCAUCAGCUCGCUCGGGUCGGCUGGAGCACAUUCCGACCUGAACUACAACUCCCUGGACGACUGGGGUCCAAAAUUUGAGAAAAUAGCAGAACUUUAUGGAGAGGAAGUUGAAACGGCAUCCGAAUCCACUGAAAAGGCAGAGUCGUAGAAGCAGACAUAAGUAUUUGUCAAUAUCAGAGAAAAGUGUGAACAAAAAAACAAAACCCUGCUCUUUUUCAACAUCCGCCGUCAUGGUUUCAUCAGUACAAUAAGACGCUCUCGGACUGCUGCGCUGCCGUAACUCUACAGCUGUAAAGUCAGACUGACUGCCUUUUUUCUCUUGUUUCUUUUGGAUUGUUCGGAGCUCUGAAUCCCAACAAGACAAGAAUGAUUUUGAACAGAAAAUAUAAUAAAAAAAAUAAAAAUAAAAAAAUACUAAUGAAAAUAAGGAAGCUAUUUUAACUGGUGUAUAUUUUUUAUUGCUCAAUAAAGUCCUGGAUU